AUGUUGGGAUGAGAGUCGGAGCUGAAUACCAAGCCCGGAUCCCUGAAUUUGAUCCAGGUGCUACAAAGUACACAGAUAAAGACAAUGGAGGAAUGCUUGUAUGGUCUCCAUAUCACAGUAUCCCAGAUACCAAAUUGGAUGAAUAUAUUGCAAUUGCAAAGGAGAAACAUGGCUACAAUGUGGAACAGGCACUUGGCAUGUUGUUCUGGCAUAAACAUAACAUCGAGAAGUCUCUCGCUGAUCUCCCUAAUUUCACUCCCUUUCCGGAUGAGUGGACUGUGGAAGAUAAAGUCCUGUUUGAACAAGCCUUUAGUUUUCAUGGAAAGAGCUUUCAUAGGAUUCAGCAAAUGCUUCCAGAUAAGACAAUUGCAAGUCUUGUAAAAUAUUACUAUUCCUGGAAAAAAACUCGCUCCAGGACAAGUUUGAUGGAUCGCCAGGCUCGUAAACUAGCCAAUAGACAUAAUCAGGGUGACAGUGAUGAUGAUGUAGAAGAAACACAUCCAAUGGAUGGGAAUGAUAGUGAUUAUGAUCCCAAAAAAGAAGCCAAAAAAGAGGGUAAUACUGAACAACCUGUCCAAACCAGCAAGAUUGGACUUGGAAGGAGAGAAUAUCAGAGUUUACAACAUCGCCAUCAUUCUCAGCGUUCUAAGUGCCGUCCACCUAAAGGCAUGUAUUUAACCCAGGAAGAUGUGGUAGCUGUUUCCUGUAGUCCCAAUGCCGCCAACACGAUCCUGAGGCAACUGGACAUGGAGUUGAUCUCUCUCAAACGUCAGGUUCAGAAUGCUAAGCAAGUAAACAGUGCACUUAAACAGAAAAUGGAAGGUGGAAUUGAAGAAUUCAAGCCUCCUGAGUCAAAUCAGAAAAUUAAUGCCCGUUGGACCACAGAGGAGCAGCUUCUAGCAGUGCAAGGUGUCCGCAAAUAUGGUAAAGAUUUUCAAGCUAUUGCAGAUGUAAUUGGCAACAAGACUGUUGGCCAAGUGAAGAACUUCUUUGUAAACUACAGGCGUCGGUUUAACUUAGAGGAGGUAUUGCAGGAGUGGGAAGCAGAACAAGGAACCCAGGCUUCUAAUGGUGAUGCUUCUACUUUAGGGGAGGAGACAAAAAGUGCUUCUAAUGUGCCAUCAGGGAAGAGCACUGAUGAAGAAGAGGAGGCACAGACUCCACAGGCUCCUCGGACUCUGGGUCCAUCACCUCCUGCCCCAUCAUCCACUCCAACACCAACAGCCCCCAUUGCCACUCUGAACCAGCCUCCACCACUUCUUCGUCCAACACUGCCUGCUGCCCCUGCUCUUCACCGGCAGCCUCCUCCACUCCAGCAGCAGGCUCGGUUCAUCCAGCCCAGGCCAACUUUAAAUCAGCCUCCACCACCUCUCAUUCGCCCUGCUAAUUCUAUGCCUCCCCGUCUAAACCCAAGACCAGUGUUGUCCACAGUUGGUGGUCAACAGCCACCAUCACUUAUUGGAAUCCAGACAGAUUCACAGUCCUCACUGCACUAAAUAUUAAAUUGGACAGAGCUGCAGUAACUUUUCACCCCAUCAUUAUACCAAUGCUCAUCUGACUGAUGCAAAAGAGGAAAGAAUAAUACUUCCUAAAUACUGAGGCUGCAAACUAGUUCUGUGGCAGUGGACUGGCAUAAGUGGAUGUGUAAGAAAUUUUUCAGUUCACUAGACUGAAAUGUUAAACAACAAAACGCCUCCUGUCAGCCUCCUUUAUUGAGUAUAUAAGUUCACCAAUGUGAUCUCAUAAAAAGGAAAAAAAAAGAUUUAAAUGUUCUAUAUACCAAGUUUGUUUUGUUUUAUUUUUACUGUAUUUAUUUUAUCAAGGUUCUUUAUAUUCCUGCCUCUUUGUAGUCAAGGCUCUUUAGUACAGGAAUAUUGACUUAGAAAUUGUGAAAACUCCUUAAGUUUCUUAAGUUAAGGAUGUUUGACUUUUUUCUUUAAUUUAAAGACACUUUCCUAUGUUAGGAGUGUAAGAAUGAAUAGCCUGCAUUUCAGAUUUUGACAUAUUUUCAUUUUAUGCCUAUUUAAGAAAUUAUAGCCGCAUAUCCCUUUUUUCAAAAAAUGUUGCUUUUUUUUCCUAAAGGAAUUUUAAUAUAUUCCUUUAAAAGAAAGCAAUUUAAUCAAUUGCAAAGCAAUUAUAUGAAACCACAAAGAAUGUACUGAACCUAGUAACCCUUUAACAUUCAGCAUAGGGUCCUAAUGCAGAGAGUCCUUGUUUAAAGGUCACUGGCCGUCAUUUAGCAGUAGUAAGAGGAUUGGAAUAAUAAUUUUAUAUACAAGUGAAGACUUAAUUUGUUGAAAUAUAAUAUCUUUAAGUUCCUUGAAAAUGGAGUUAAUUUUUAGUUUAGGUUUUUUUUUUUUUUUUCUAAUGUUUCUAAAUGCUAUCUGCUUUUAACUAGUAGUUGCCUACAUUUGGAGACUUUAGGAGAGAAUUCUAUUUUGUCACUUAUGUAGAGAUGAUGGUUAUGGAAGCAUUUAUUUAUAAUACCCAAUUUAUUUUUAGGUUCUGAUCUUAAAUUUGCCCUUAUCCUUAUUAAUAUGGUCUGCAUUUAAUAUCAAGGGUGUUUUCUUGAUCAAUCACUAUUGUGCUAUUUGGAUACAUAUGUGUAUUUUUUGCAGCCAACCUGUAUUUGUGGGUUUGGUUUAGGGUUAAAUCAUCAUUAUUUCACAAAAUAAAUUUAAGAAUCUGUUCUGUGUUAUCUAAAAA